CUCCUCUCUUUCCGGUUCUAGGGUUUCCAUUUCACUACUCUUUCUUCUUUGUUUCUACAAUUCUUUGCUUGUCGAUAUUUGCCACUGAAUCAUCGUACGACUGCUGCAAAUCACCGACGAUGGGGUCGAUCCCCGAUCCUGGGGAGUUAACUGAGUUGACUCGGCCGAGCUUUGACGAAUUUCAGAGGCAGACUUCGCUCAUGACUAGCUGUACUCUUCUUUGGAAGGAGCUCUCGGAUCACUUCACCUCCUUGGAACAGAAUCUGCAGAAGAAGUCGGAAGCCUUGAGGCGUAAAAUUCGAACUCUUGAUUGCGAGACAAAGGCAUCUCUUGACUAUCUCAAGAAGCGCGAGGUCACCAUUGAUGGCAGUGUCGAAAUUGUACUCGACCGUGUUGAUGAGCACAAAGAGGAUGCCCUCAAAUCCCUAGGAACUGAUCAAGAUUCGUUUAAUCCGGAUGGUGAGGUUGAUGAUGGGGACGGCAUGAUGAUGGUGCUGAAAGAUUUCUGCUUGAAAAUGGACUCGAAAGGAUUCUGGAAGUUUCUGAUCACUAAAAAGAAAGAGCUCGACACGCUGAGAAGCCAAGUUCCGGUUGCAUUAGCAGAGUGUGUGGAUCCUCCUAGGUUUGUUCUGGAAGCCAUGUCUGAGGUGUUUCCAGUGGAUAGGAGGGCGAAGAAGAGCAGCGACAAUGGAAACGACUUGGGGUGGGCGUGUGUGGUUGUGCUGGAGAGCCUGAUUCCGGUGAUGGUGGACCCUUUGAUUGGGAAGUCUAGGUUGCUGGUGACUCCCAGUGUCAAGGAAAGGGCCAAGAAGAUUGCUGAUGCAUGGAAGGCCAGCUUGGAGGAGCGUGGCGGAAUAGAGAACGUGAAGACGCCUGAUGUGCAUACUUUCUUGCAACAUUUGGUUACUUUUGGUAUUGUGAAGAGUGAGGAUCUGGAUUUGUACAGAAAGCUUGUGGUUGGGUCUGCCUGGCGCAAGCAGAUGCCCAGGCUUGCAAUCUCCCUCGGUUUGGGUGACAAGAUGCCUGAAAUGAUUCAAGAAUUAAUCAGCAGGGGACAGCAGCUAGAUGCAGUGCAUUUCACUCAUGAAUUUGGCCUUGUGGAUAAGUUCCCCCCUGUUCCCCUACUGAAAGCCUAUUUGAGAGAUGCGAAGAAAGCUGCUGCCUCUAUUAUUGAGGACCCCAACAACACCAACCGAGCUGCGCACCUUGCUGCACGCAAAGAGCAGUCAGCACUCCAGACAGUCAUCAAGUGCAUUGAGGAAUACAAACUUGAAGCUGAGUUCCCUGUAGAAAAUCUCAAGAAACGACUUGAACAGCUAGAGAAGACCAAGACUGAGAAGAAAAGGCCUGCUGCAGUGCCUGCCAACAAACGAACACGAGCCAGCAAUGGUGGCCCAAUGCCUCCAGCUAAGGCUGGUCGUUUGACAAAUGCAUAUGUUUCAUCAUUUCCAGCUCCUCCAGCUUUUGUCAGGUCUCCCUCCCACACUCAAUACCAUGUUGGGAUCCCAACAUAUCCUUCCCCACCUGCCAUUUAUGGCAACAGAAGCCCUCCAUCCAAUCCUUAUGCUUACUCACCGGAAGCAGUACCUCCACCAUAUGCUGCUGCUCCCAUUGGUUACCCUGCAUACGGGGGCUAUGGAAAUGGUUUGGCACCAGCUUAUCAGCAAGCUUACUACCGGUAGACUUGACUACUUUUCCAAGAUGGUAACUACUGAUAUGAUGACCCCCCAGUCUCGUUUGCUUUCUACGUGCUUUGAUUGUAAUCACUAAUUGUUUUAAUGGUAGCAACUUGUGUGUGUGACUUAUCACUACUGUCCUACUUCUUGCUUUGCCAUGGUAAGAAGUUGCUUUUCUAAUGUUGAUGAAACUUUAGUUGUAGGUGACUGUGGAAAGUGAUCAUAUGAUGGAACUGUAACAAUGUUAAGAAGUAUCAUCCCUUGUUGUGGAAUUAGUUUUAGUAAAGACUUUCUUGCUGUUUGUUCUUUU